CCGCCCGAUGCUGAGAGACAGAAGAGUCCUGCAGUGCAAUACUGAAGUACUGUAAACGUUUUCUGUCUGCUUACCUGAGUUUUCACCUGUCUGCUUACCUGUCGUACCCAUCAGGGACCCAUCUGACCUCAAUACAUCAUGCUCACCAGGAAUGUUAUUCUAUUGUUCUCUUUCUUUGUUCUGGUGGUGAAGGGAGACUUUGACUCUAAUGGAGUACAAGCCAUCUCAACAGAUAAAGAUUCAAUUUCGGAUGAAGCACCCACAGAGAGCAUGAAAAUUAUUUCUCCUGAUCUUCCUGAUGAAUCUCAAUAUUAUGGAGGAGGACCUUCGGGACCUGCAGACAUAAACAGUUCCAGCUCAGAGGCAGCCGACACUCCAGCAGCUGUUCUGGUGUCAGCACCUGAACCCGCUGGAGCUGCAGCAAACAGUGCAGAAGAAGAGGAAGAAGAAGACUCUGAAGAACGAGGGAAGAAAAAGUUCAGCUCCCGCUCAUCGAAACGUCAAAGCCCCGCCCACAUUCAACAAAACCCCUCCCGUGUCAUUCAAGUCCCCGCCCUCUUGCCCCUGCCGCCUCUCCCGCCCCACCCAAUCAUCCCUCAGCCAAAAGUUAUGAUGAGAAGCCGGACGUCUAAAAGGCGAUCCAGAACCAACCGCCGGCAGAUCUAAAACACCAACACCUAUGUACCGUUUUACUGUUGAACAAUAAAGAUGAAACGCGUGAUACAUGUUCACAUCCAGCCUUCACACAACCCCACACCCACCGAGCCAUCUGAUUGGUCACAGAGGUCUCUCUCCUCAGUUUUACAUGGAUGCUUGUUUUCCCUGUAACAGAACUAAAUCAGAUUCCUCUGAAAUAAUCUUUAAUCACAGCUGUGAAACAUGAACUGUUUGUUUCUAUUUGAUUGUCACAAGGAAUUUAACAUCAGAUCACUUAGAAUAAAUGUUUUGCAACACUUUAAAUUCAGCCUUUUGAUCACAUUCAGAAAGUCAUUUUGACUCCUGCUAUAUUUUGUUCUUUGGGCCCCUGUGGAUUUUUGGCCUCAGACCUGGAGUAUUAAAAUAUGCUCAAAUUAUCUUUUUAUUUUUAAUUUUUUCAGAUGUUUGUGAAACAUUUACACAACAUUUCUAUGUUUAUUCUUUGUAUCUUAUUUUAAUAAAGUUAAACUUAAAUGAA